AUGUCUGGACGCGGCAAAGGAGGUAAAGGGCUUGGAAAAGGAGGCGCCAAGCGCCAUCGAAAGAUUCUGCGAGACAACAUCCAGGGAAUCACCAAGCCAGCAAUCCGACGUCUGGCUCGCCGCGGUGGUGUCAAGCGUAUUUCCGGGCUCAUUUACGAAGAGACCCGCGGAGUCCUCAAAGUCUUCCUGGAAAACGUUAUCCGUGAUGCUGUGACUUACACCGAACACGCCAAACGGAAGACCGUUACCGCAAUGGAUGUGGUCUACGCCCUUAAACGCCAAGGCCGUACCCUAUACGGUUUUGGCGGGUAGAGAAUCACGGAAACCUCAGAGAACUGAUAAACGGCUCCUUUAGGAGCCACCACCUCAUGCGAAAGUCGUGAUCAGCCACAGUGAUGGUCAAACCCUGUGUUUGAACAACGAGUCAAAGGGCGAUAUUUUUCUGCUCUCAACGUUUCUCCUAAUCCUUGUGUUAGCGUUAAUGCAGUGUAACUCGAGUCGCUUGUCGUGGUGUGCCAAAUAGUCUCUCGUUCCAACAGGGAACUGGGAUGGCAGGAAAUAGGAAGUAGUAAAUUGGGAGUUUCAAAAGCCGUGCAAAGCUGGGUUCAGCGAACGUUCUACUCAAAUUCUAUUACGUUUCCACGCAAUGGAACCACGCGUGAUCGCACCGUUCUCCAAGUACGUUAGUUCUGAUCAUUAACACAUUUCAUUAACACACACAUUUCGAGUCGCUUGUCUUGCUAUGCAAAAUUAGCCCCAAAAAAGCCCCAAUAAAAAUAGCCCCAAUAAAAGUACCUCGUUCCUUAUUGGAACGGGGAUGGCAAGGAAUAGAAAAGAUUAAAGCGGGUUUGCAACAACCACGCAAACUUGUGAUCAGCGAUCGUACCAUUCAAACUCAAAUGCGUUUCUCUGUCUUGACAGGUAGGAAAGCAGUUUAUGCAAUUCGCAAAUUCCACACUCCAACAAUUGAAAGAGAGAGAGACAAGAGCGGGCUGCAAAUGUGUCGAGGCAUUUUGCAAAUCCAAAUUACCGUCGUCCAACCAAACGAAAGGAAAACAAAGUCGCCGGCAAUGUUUCCAAAAAAACCAAAGCUGAUUUGAAUUGUCUUUCAUUCCGUCUGUUUGAUUUUUAUUUGCUUUUUAUUUCUUUUACUAGUUUGGGAUCAAAAAUACGGAAUGUAAGCGAUGGACACUAGCUGAACUGAAACGAUUUGUUUUGAUCGAUGACAAAGUAAAGACGCGAGCGCUUGUGUGUGCAUGUACGAGUGUCAAUUGGAGUAAAUGGAUUUUUUCACUGAUCACGACUUUUUUCGAGGUUUGGUGGCUCCUAAAGGAGCCGUUUUUAUGGUUUGAUGUUGUCAAUGGUGCUUCUUCUCGGCCUUCUUGGGUAGCAGCACGGCCUGUAUGUUGGGAAGAACACCGCCCUGGGCGAUCGUUACACCAGCUAGAAGUUUGUUCAAUUCCUCGUCGUUUCGGACGGCCAACUGCAGGUGUCUGGGAAUGAUUCUGGUCUUCUUGUUGUCACGAGCGGCGUUUCCGGCUAACUCUAGAAUUUCAGCACUUAGAUACUCGAGCACAGCGGCCAAGUACACGGGAGCACCCGCCCCGACACGCUCUGCAUAGUUUCCUUUGCGAAGGAGUCGGUGGAUGCGGCCGACUGGAAACUGAAGACCUGCUCGGCUGGACCUGCUUUUGCCUUGGUGCCCGACGCUUUUCCUUUCCCUCGGCCGGUCAUUUUAGUUUUCUCUCGCAGACUAGCUCGUGCUAGGACACACACUGAAAUCCAACGAUUUUGUUGUUCAAAUUGUGACGCGUUCCGAGUCGUGACGCCGUACUUAUCUCGCGGCUCGCGCGCGCUAAGGGAUCGAAACCCUCCAAUCAAAAUUAAUUCCGCCCUCUGUUGCCUCGAGUCUUUUGUUCCUUUCACAGCUGUAUCUGAGCCAAUCGCUUCAAAGAGAAUUUUCGUCGGCAUACUAAUUGAUCCUCAACAAUGGACCUUAAAUAGGAGUCAAUUCUCCUGUCUAGUCACACACCUCAGUCUAUUUUUGAGAGAACGGUGAUAGAUUUUUCUAGACAUGGCACCAAAAGUUCCCGCGGCCGGAAAAGGCGAGAAGAGAGCCGGCAAGGCUAAAUCAGCCCCGACGGACCCUGGCAAGAAAAAAGAAGAAGAAGCAAGAGAAAGGAGAGCUAUGCGAUCUACAUCUACAAAGUGUUGAAACAGGUGCACCCCGACACCGGUAUCUCCAGCAAAGCCAUGGGUAUCAUGAACUCGUUUGUCAACGAUGUCUUUGAACGCAUCGCGACCGAAUCCUCGCGGCUCGCGCACUACAACAAGAAAUCCACCAUCAGCUCUCGCGAAAUCCAGACCGCCAUUAGGUUACUGUUACCGGGCGAACUCGCAAAACACGCAGUAAGCGAGGGUACAAAAGCAGUCACCAAAUAUACAAGCAGCAAGUGAACUGCCCGACCUCACAAACAAACGGCUCCUUUAGGAGCCAACACAUGUCAUGAAAGUAAAUGUCCAACAUUGUUGUUGUUUUUUUUGUUGUUGUUGUUGUUGUUCUUGUUCUUGUUCUUGUUCUUGUUCUUGUUCUUGUUCUUGUUCUUGUUCUUGUUCUUGUUCUUCUUCUUGUUCUUGUUGUUCUUGUUCUUGUUCUUGUUCUUGUUCUUGUUCUUGUUCUUGUUCUUGUUCUUGUUCUUGUUCUUGUUUUUGUUUUUCUUUUUUUCUUUUUCUUUCUUUCUUUCUUUCUUUCUUUCUUUCUUUCUUUUUUUUUUUUUUUUUUUUUUUUUUUCGAGGUACGUAAAUGUUGGAGCUCGAAGCAGAUCGAUCCAGGAAGGAACUCUAAAAAUACUUCUCGCCAAAAAGAGUUUUGACCGAUUUCCCUUUCACUGUUCACAGAUUUGGUGCCAAAGCGAGAACUGUUUUUAGACUUACUAAAAUUUCUUCCGAAUGAAAUCAAGAAUUCCCGACCCAAAAAAAAAAAAAUUAUAUUUCCCAGAAUGCAUUGCGAAAAAAAAAAGCCUCAUUAAUAUGUAUUACAUCCUUCCCCAGUUGUUGUUGUUCUUUCUUUCUAUUUCGAAUCUCUGAUUUUUAUUCAGUCAAACUCAGUUUCAGUGAACAUGUUUUGCUGGUGCGAAUGAGUUAUUAAUCUAGUACAAAAGGCAGGUGCAUGGGGGCGUAUCCGUUGGUAAUAACUAACUUGCUUUUGGCAAGUAAGGAACAUGAAAAGGCAACAACAUUGAAUUAAAAGUCGGAACCAAUUAUACGAACGACUGAAAGCGCAAUUGAGACCUUUAUGUUUGUCUGGUACAAACAAACACACGCUGUUACCGAACGGUAAUAACGUAGAGAUUGAGGUAAUUGCGCCUGCUUAAAAAGAGGCUCUUGUUCUUGUUCUUUUUUUUUUUUUUUAUUUUUUUUUUUUUUUUUGCCAAGUAAGGAACAAGAAAAGACAGCGGCAAUGAAUUGAAACGUCGUUACAAAUUAUACGAACGGCUGAAAGCGCAAAAUGGUGACCUUUAUGUUUGUCUAGUUCGAGCAAACUCACGGAAAACGCAUCAAAACAGUUGACCUCCGUCGCUGCUCACUUUCUGUCAAAUUUUUGUCGCGAAUCAAACCGAGAGUCGAUCGCUCGCUUUUUGUCUACGUCGACAUUUUUUCUGCAGAGGCAGGUCACCUUUGGAGAUGUGGUCAUUGAUUUUCUCUGUUGCUUCAUGACAAUAAUGCGAGUUUUUCACUCACGUAACAAAAACCACGAAAAUGAAACAACAACCACAACAAAACGAAACAGAACACACACAGAAAAAUUAAAGACGUGCAAAAGGAGAUGGGCUGCUCAUUGACCUUUAGGUUAGUGGUGGCUCCUAAAGGAGCCGUUAGUGUUUGUUCGAUGACCAAGCGACUGUACUAAGCCCGCUCGCCACGAAUCCUUCGAGCCAACUGGAUAUCCUUCGGCAUGAUGGUUACGCGUUUGGCGUGGAUGGCGCACAGAUUGGUAUCUUCGAACAGACCCACCAAGUAAGCUUCGCUAGCCUCUUGGAGCGCUAGUACAGCGGAACUUUGGAAUCGCAGAUCGGUUUUGAAAUCCUGCGCGAUCUCCCGCACAAGCCGUUGAAAGGGCAACUUGCGGAUAAGUAACUCCGUAGACUUCUGAUAACGACGGAUUUCACGGAGUGCAACUGUGCCUGGUCUGUAACGGUGAGGUUUCUUCACGCCACCCGUAGCGGGAGCACUCUUGCGGGCCGCCUUAGUGGCUAACUGUUUACGAGGAGCUUUUCCACCUGUUGAUUUCCGGGCGGUUUGCUUGGUACGAGCCAUAGCUAACAAGAUUGAGGGCUUCAGUCUCGUAAUUUCUUCAGAAAUUUUACGCUUUUCUCGCGAUCUCCUGUGACAAAACCGAUUUUAAAACAAGCGCUCAACGAUCCGAUUGGUUAUCCAAAGUUUGCUUGUGAUUGGCUGCGGUGAAUUUCUUUGUUCGGGUACUUUUUUUUUUUUUUUUCCGAGGAUGAGGCGGAAAGUAAAUUUUAGUAAACUCUGACCUGCAACUUUUCUCAAAACUGCCCUCGGUUUUCAGUCGCUCGCUUUCGGUGAGUACUCUCGAAAAAGUAAUAAACUAAUUAGUGAGUGAGUGAGUGAGUGAGACUGAAUUUGACCAUGGAUUACUUUGAAGGUUGUGAGUCAUUUUCGCUAUCCUUUAGCGUGGCCGUGUAGAUAGGUGAUAAUGGUAUUCAUAAGUCGGCAUUUGGCCUGGCUUUCUUGUCAAUUGAAAUGUGACGUUUCCCGAGAGGUCCAGCCACACAUCUCAAGUUUUGUUCAGGGCCGACAACAAUUGCAUCCGUAACAUUCGAAAAAAAAAAAAACAAAUCAUGUCUGGACGCGGCAAAGGAGGUAAAGGGCUUGAAAAGGAGGCGCCAAGCGCCAUCGAAAGAUUCUGCGAGACAACAUCCAGGGAAUCACCAAGCCAGCAAUCCGACGUCUGGCUCGCCGCGGUGGUGUCAAGCGUAUUUCCGGGCUCAUUUACGAAGAGACCCGCGGAGUCCUCAAAGUCUUCCUGGAAAACGUUAUCCGUGAUGCUGUGACUUACACCGAACACGCCAAACGGAAGACCGUUACCGCAAUGGAUGUGGUCUACGCCCUUAAACGCCAAGGCCGUACCCUAUACGGUUUUGGCGGGUAGAGAAUCACGGAAACCUCAGAGAACUGAUAAACGGCUCCUUUAGGAGCCACCACCUCAUGCGAAAGUCGUGAUCAGCCACAGUGAUGGUCAAACCCUGUGUUUGAACAACGAGUCAAAGGGCGAUAUUUUUCUGCUCUCAACGUUUCUCCUAAUCCUUGUGUUAGCGUUAAUGCAGUGUAACUCGAGUCGCUUGUCGUGGUGUGCCAAAUAGUCUCUCGUUCCAACAGGGAACUGGGAUGGCAGGAAAUAGGAAGUAGUAAAUUGAGUUUCAAAAGCCGUGCAAAGCUGGGUUCAGCGAACGUUCUACUCAAAUUCUAUUACGUUUCCACGCAAUGGAACCACGCGUGAUCGCACCGUUCUCCAAGUACGUUAGUUCUGAUCAUUAACACAUUUCAUUAACACACACAUUUCGAGUCGCUUGUCUUGCUAUGCAAAAUUAGCCCCAAAAAAAGCCCCAAUAAAAAUAGCCCCAAUAAAAGUACCUCGUUCCUUAUUGGAACGGGGAUGGCAAGGAAUAGAAAAAAGAUUAAAGCGGGUUUGCAACAACCACGCAAACUUGUGAUCAGCGAUCGUACCAUUCAAACUCAAAUGCGUUUCUCUGUCUUGACAGGUAGGAAAGCAGUUUAUGCAAUUCGCAAAUUCCACACUCCAACAAUUGAAAGAGAGAGAGACAAGAGCGGGCUGCAAAUGUGUCGAGGCAUUUUGCAAAUCCAAAUUACCGUCGUCCAACCAAACGAAAGGAAAACAAAGUCGCCGGCAAUGUUUCCAAAAAAAAACCAAAGCUGAUUUGAAUUGUCUUUCAUUCCGUCUGUUUGAUUUUUAUUUGCUUUUUAUUUCUUUUACUAGUUUGGGAUCAAAAAUACGGAAUGUAAGCGAUGGACACUAGCUGAACUGAAACGAUUUGUUUUGAUCGAUAACAAAGUAAAGACGCGAGCGCUUGUGUGUGCAUGUACGAGUGUCAAUUGGAGUAAAUGGAUUUUUUCACUGAUCACGACUUUUUUCGAGGUUUGGUGGCUCCUAAAGGAGCCGUUUUUAUGGUUUGAUGUUGUCAAUGGUGCUUCUUCUCGGCCUUCUUGGGUAGCAGCACGGCCUGUAUGUUGGGAAGAACACCGCCCUGGGCGAUCGUUACACCAGCUAGAAGUUUGUUCAAUUCCUCGUCGUUUCGGACGGCCAACUGCAGGUGUCUGGGAAUGAUUCUGGUCUUCUUGUUGUCACGAGCGGCGUUUCCGGCUAACUCUAGAAUUUCAGCACUUAGAUACUCGAGCACAGCGGCCAAGUACACGGGAGCACCCGCCCCGACACGCUCUGCAUAGUUUCCUUUGCGAAGGAGUCGGUGGAUGCGGCCGACUGGAAACUGAAGACCUGCUCGGCUGGACCUGCUCUUUGCCUUGGUGCCCGACGCUUUUCCUUUCCCUCGGCCGGUCAUUUUAGUUUUCUCUCGCAACUAGCUCGUGCUAGGACACACACUGAAAUCCAACGAUUUUGUUGUUCAAAUUGUGACGCGUUCCGAGUCGUGACGCCGUACUUAUCUCGCGGCUCGCGCGCGCUAAGGGAUCGAAACCCUCCAAUCAAAAUUAAUUCCGCCCUCUGUUGCCUCGUAGUCUUUUGUUCCUUUCACAGCUGUAUCUGAGCCAAUCGCUUCAAAGAGAAUUUUCGUCGGCAUACUAAUUGAUCCUCAACAAUGGACCUUAAAUAGGGAGUCAAUUCUCCUGUCUAGUCACACACCUCAGUCUAUUUUUGAGCGAACGGUGAUAGAUUUUUCUAGACAUGGCACCAAAAGUUCCCGCGGCCGGAAAAGGCGAGAAGAGAGCCGGCAAGGCUAAAUCAGCCCCGACGGACCCUGGCAAGAAAAAGAAGAGAAGCAAGAGAAAGGAGAGCUAUGCGAUCUACAUCUACAAAGUGUUGAAACAGGUGCACCCCGACACCGGUAUCUCCAGCAAAGCCAUGGGUAUCAUGAACUCGUUUGUCAACGAUGUCUUUGAACGCAUCGCGACCGAAUCCUCGCGGCUCGCGCACUACAACAAGAAAUCCACCAUCAGCUCUCGCGAAAUCCAGACCGCCAUUAGGUUACUGUUACCGGGCGAACUCGCAAAACACGCAGUAAGCGAGGGUACAAAAGCAGUCACCAAAUAUACAAGCAGCAAGUGA